AUGGAGGUGCCUAACGUCAAGGACUUCCAGUGGAAGCGCCUGGCGCCGCUGCCCAGCCGCCGGGUCUACUGCUCCCUGCUGGAGACCGGGGGGCAGGUCUAUGCCAUCGGGGGAUGUGACGACAACGGCAUCCCCAUGGACUGCUUUGAGGUCUACUCCCCCGAGGCCGACCAGUGGACCGCCCUGCCCCCCCUGCCCACAGCCCGGGCCGGGGUGGCCGUCACCGCCCUGGGGAAGCGGAUCAUGGUGAUCGGGGGUGUGGGCACCAAUCAGCUGCCCCUGAAGGUCGUGGAGAUGUACAACAUCGAUGAGGGAAAGUGGAAGAAGAGGAGCGUCUUGCGCGAGGCCGCCAUGGGCAUUUCUGUCACCGCCAAAGAUUACCGAGUGUACGCGGCAGGCGGGAUGGGCCUGGACCUCCGUCCACACAACCACCUCCAACACUAUGACAUGCUCAAGGACAUGUGGGUGUCCCUAGCACCCAUGCCCACCCCGAGAUACGCCGCCACCUCCUUCCUCCGAGGCUCCAAGAUCUAUGUGCUAGGGGGACGACAGUCCAAGUAUGCGGUCAACGCCUUUGAGGUUUUUGACAUCGAGACUCGCUCCUGGACCAAGUUCCCCAACAUUCCCUGCAAGCGGGCCUUCUCCAGCUUUGUGACCCUGGGUGACCGCUUGUAUAGCCUGGGAGGCCUGAGGCAGGGUCGGCUCUACCGGCAGCCUAAGUUCCUCCGGACGAUGGACGUGUUCGACAUGGAACAGGGCGGAUGGCUGAAGAUGGAACGCUCUUUCUUCCUCAAGAAGCGGCGGGCAGACUUUGUGGCCGGCUCUGUGAGUGGACGGGUCGUAGUGGCCGGAGGACUUGGGAACCAGCCCACUGUCCUGGAGACGGCAGAGGCGUUCCACCCCGGGAGGAACAGGUGGGAGGCCCUCCCCGCCAUGCCCACGCCCCGCUGCGCCUGCUCCAGCAUUGUCGUCAGGAACUGCCUCCUGGCCGUGGGGGGCGUCAACCAGGGUCUGAGCGACGCCGUGGAAGCCCUGUGUGUCGCCGACUCCUAGCUGUCCCCGGGCCCCGCACGUGGGCCCCAGACCAGAUCAGCCCACCCUCGACAAGAGGAAUGGUCUCGUCAAAGCAGUCUGGGCGACUUCCCUGAUGCCAGCUCCCGUCAGCAGCUAGUGGGGUCAGGCCCUGGGGCUCUGAGUGACCUCCCUCCACCUCCAAACCCGACCAAUCCCAGGAAAUAGAAGAAGUCCCAAGGACUCAGCCAGCCUCUGGCUGGAGGCCCGCUGAACUCUGAGGAGAGGCCUCCCUUACUGCUCAGGCAGAGAAAGGCACGGAAGUACCUGCUACCUCCCCUUCCAGUGAGUUCCUCCCCCCUCCCCUGCCCGUGUCCAGGGUAGGAGGUGAGCAGGGCCGAAGACAACUGCUCUCUCCCCCCAGCUCUGAACUAGUUUGAGGGUCUCUUGGGAUGGAAAACGGAGAAGGUCUGCACGGAGUCCCAAACCCGUCCCCGCUCCCGUGGUCUCCAUCCCUCCCCAUUUGGUGGCCAGCUGGGGGCCUGGCCUAGCCCUCAUCCGCUCAGCAAGAAUUGGCCUCGGAGCAGGGGCCGCCGAGCUGGAAGUCAGGUUCACGUUGACUGGUCCAGGCCAGCAGCCUCCGGGAAGGAUCCGUGCCUCUCGGGUCCUUGAUGGGAAUGUGACGAUGGGGAUGGAGCAGAUGCCCAGCCCAGGCUCUGCUUCCCGCUCCUCUCCUCACUCACUCUCCUUCCGCCACCCCUUCCUGGCCCUUUUGUCACCAAUGGCCCCAAAGUGUUACUGUGCAAAACCUUCUCAUGUACACUGUGGCAUCCAAAUCCACCAAGUCUGGAUUAACUGCACUCUGGUUAACAGCAGCAGCACAACAAUUAAAAUCUAUAUUCCUAUC